ACAACACACAAGAUGAGGACACAAGCUGUAUUCGUCAUCUUCGUUUUCACAGUUUUGGCAGGCAUGGUGACUUCCCAAGGCUAUGGGGAGGUCUACUGUGGAAGACGGCUGGCAACAGUUCUCGCUCUCCUCUGCGAUAACAACCUGAUCAAGAGGACUCCUUCGCAGUAUACAUCAGCACAGAACAUGGAUCCAAGCUGGCCGUGGAUAGAAGCGCACAGAGCACAUAGCAUGGGCAGGAAUAAGAGGCAGGUGGUCGCGGAGUGCUGUGACAAGCCUUGCACGAUCGACGAACUCUUAUCUUAUUGUGGCAAUUAAAUACUGCAAUGUCUAUAGUAUAAAUUUAAGACUAU